UAUGUGUGUGUAUGUGUGUGUGUGUAUGUGUGUGUAUGUGUGUGUGUGUGUGUGUGAGGACAGUUGUCAGGCAGCAGGUGGUUGUUGGUGAUUUAUUUAGAAUCGACUGAAGCUCCCGGUCAGCUGUGAACACAGAACCCAGAGUGGGACACCACAGUCCUCAGAGUCCUGGAUCAUUGUGGAUCGCUGUGGAUCGCUGUGGAUCGUUGUGGAUCGCUGUGGAUCGUUGUGGAUCGCUGUGGAUCGUUGUGGAUCGUUGUGGAUCGUUGUGGAUCAUUGUGGAUCGCUGUGGAUCGCUGUGGAUCGUUGUGGAUCGCUGUGGAUCGUUGUGGAUCGCUGUGGAUCGUUGUGGAUCGUGUUAUAAAGAGACCUGCAGGUCUUCUGGAGUCCUUUUGGCUGAUUUCCCUCUGGACGGAGUGAGGACCUGGACUCUGAUCAGAAUCAGUUGUGGGUUGUCUGAUGGCGCCUGAAGAAGAAGAAGGUCUCAGGUAACGGAGCAGAGUCCUGGUGGUAGUCCUGGUGAUCUCCGUGAGCCCGUCCAGUCCGCUGAUGGAGCACCGGGCUGCCAUCGGCCGACACACGGCGUUACCAUGGAAACACUGCAUCCAUCUGACUGUGCUGCUGGUCCAGCUGAGUUUACCUGAGGUCGCAGCUUCUUGUCGUAUCCUGAGGUGUAACUCGGACUUUGUGGCUGCGACAUUGGACCUGGGCAGCAGCAGCAGCAGCAGUGGAGGAGGAGGAGGAGGAGGAGGAGCAGCUCUCACCCGGGAGGCAGUAAACGCCGGUUACUGCAGUGCUCUGCGCUCCUACGCCAUGUGCACUAAGCGGAUGGCGCGGGCAUGUCGUGGCGACCUGGCGUAUCACUCUGCGGUUCAGGGCAUCGAGGACCUGCUCAUCCAGCACCGCUGCCCGCGGGCUGGACCGACCGCCCAGCCCCGGCCCCUCCCUCAGGGCACGCUGCUAGGAGACGCCUGCCUGUACGAGAGGAGCUUCUCCAUCAGAGAGGGCCGCACGCCGGAGUACCUGCACUGCGGCGUGUUCGGAGACCCGCACAUUCGAACCUUCAACAACGACUUCCAGACGUGCGCCGUGCAGGGGGCAUGGCCUCUUGUAGACAACGAGUACCUGUACAUACAGGCCACCAGCUCGCCAACGAGAGGGGGGACACACGCCACAGCGCUCACGAAGAUCACCAUCAUCUUUAAGAACUGGCGCCAGUGCGUCGACCAGCAGCUGUAUCAGGCGGAGCUCGAUAACGUACCCGCUGCGUUCGCUGAUGGCUCGGUGUCGAGCGGCGAGCGGCGAGGUCAUCACAGCCUGACGGUCCGGACUCAGAGUCCCGGCAGGCAUGCAGAGAUCCGGGCGGCUCACAUCGGUACGCUGCUGGUGGUGCGUCAGAGUGGACGCUCGCUCGGCCUGUCAGUCCGCUCACCGCGUGGCAUCGUUGAGGCCUUCGGCCCCGAGCAGGACCUGCAGCUGUGUGUAUGGGGCUGCCCUGCCGCCCAGAGACUCAACACGCUCCGACCACCGCCACCGGACUUUUCCUCGACCACCAGCGCCCAGGCUCACUGCGCCGAGUUGCUUCCUGCCCGCGACGUCUACUACCAGGCCUGCGUGUUUGACCUGAUCACCAGCGGAGACCUGAACUCCAGCGUGGCUGCCGUCAACGCGCUGCAGGACGCCACAAACAUGAUCUCUGAUGCACAGAGAGUUCACCUGCAGCCCGUCGCCUCGGCCGAGCAGGGCCGAGCGCGACUGGACCUGAUGCUGCUGCUGCUGCUGCUCGGCAUGCUGGGAACUCUAACCGGAGCCUGAAGCUGCUUGUUUAACAUGUGAUGAACUAGCCGAUGACAUCACUCCACACACCUGUGGUCAUGUGACUGCAGCAGAUCCAACAUGGCGUCCUGACGUGAGAGACUGCUGCCAUCUGUUAUUAGUUAAUUAAACCAAUCAGUAAUCAAUCUCCCUUUAACGGUACUUUCUUCUUCUACAGCGGUUAAAGACUAUUAUUGAUUAUAUUAUUGAAUAUAAUCGGAGGAUAUUGGUUCUAAUUAGUUUGAUUGGCGAUCUCUAUAAACGAUGAGCUGACUUUAUUACACAGGAAGUCAUUGAGUCUCUGACGCAGCGGCGGUAUGUUGGGGGUGAUACAGCGGGUCGGGGGGAGCUGGGCUCUUCCUGAUAAACAGGAUUUGUACAUUUUGGUCUCUAGAAGAGUUUUGGGGGUUUUUGGGGGGGAAACGUCUGCAUGUUGUGACGUCUUUGUCUUUUUUUGCAAUAAAAUUGAGGCUGAAAGUAAAAA